GUCGGCUCGAUUCCGUGGAUAGAAUACGCCACUAGUAACCUCGACGCGCUCGAGCUGACUGCAUGCCUGUCAUAGACCGUUUUGCUGCAGCGGAGACAACGGGAUCGAACGAAUAAGAGUACCAUCGGCUUGAGAAAUAUGUCGGCGGAGGUUUUCCGGAUGAUCAACGGACUCUACCUGGGGAAACACUUUCCCGACGACGCAGUUCUCUCGGCGGUGGCGUACAAGCCGCCACCUGGUGACCUAAUCAUCGUCGGCUACCCGAAAUGUGGUACCACCUGGAUGGAACACAUAGUCUACAACAUCUUAAUGGACGCCGAAGAACCUGAGGACCCGUUAGACAAGGUACUGCGAAUGCCCUUCCUAGAGAUGCAGGGAGCCGAAGCCGCUGUGUAUGCUCCCCAACCUCGCGCCUUGAAGACUCACCUACCUUUCCACAUGAUCCCUUAUUCUCGAGACGCAAAGUACAUCUGCAUCACGAGGAACCCCUAUGACUGCUGCGUGUCGCUUUACUACCACACCCGGAACAACCCGCCGUAUAACUUUAGCGAAGGCACUUUCGAAGAGUUCUUUGAACUAUUCCUGGAUGGGCGGGUCGAAUUCGGAGACUACUUUGACAACGUGCUCUCCUGGUACAAUCAUCGGAGGGACCCUAAUGUUCUAUUUCUGACAUAUGAGGAGCUUAAAGCUGACACCACCCGGCACGUCCUUCGAAUUGCCGCCUUCAUCGGCGAAGAAAGAGAGACGAGGCUUAAAGAAUACCCCGAGCUGCUUCGGAAAAUUCUGGAGAAGUGUAGCGUCGAGUACAUGAAGCAAAACAUUAGCGGUAGCCAACGGGCUUCUAGACGAGAAUACAGCAACUCACCGCAGAUGAAGACUCUUAGACCUGAGCUACUGAAAGGACUUAAAAACCUGAUGGAGUUUACGAAGAAACCCAUGACCGGCAGUUUUGUUCGCAACGGCCAAGUAGGAGACUGGCGGAAUCACUUCUCGCCUGAACAGGUUCAACGGAUGAAUCAGAGAAUCGCGGAAGCCACUGUGAAGUCUGACUUCAUGAAUCUGUGGAGGGACGUAGAUAUUCCAUUGUACGGCAGUGCCAUCCCCAUAACGGGAUAUAACUCGGGGAUGAACUGCGUAGAAUAGAGGCUCAUGAAGCAGUUGUAUGAAUCUGCAGGUAAUUCAGGUAUCUCUGGCAAUAAAAUAUGUAUGAAACGACGUGUUAUGUGUUCAAGUAAA